UUUGAUCCUUUUGUUGAUCUUCCUCUCUCUUUAUCUACGCUUCUUGCCCUUCGGAAGCGUAGUUUUCUCUUCGAAGAAGGGUUUACGCGCUUUCAGAUCCCAUCCCUUCGCUCCAAGCGUGUCUUUCUCGCCUCUACCGUAUCCAUUACGACACCGUCUGGAUUGCAUUAGUAGUUCUAUUGCCAUGGCUGCCACUGCAGCAGCUGGUCCAAGAUAUGCACCUGAGGAUCCAACUCUUCCAAAACCUUGGAGAGGACUUGUUGAUGGUAAAACUGGGUAUCUUUAUUUCUGGAACCCUGAGACCAAUGUGACGCAAUAUGAGAGACCAAUGGGCUUAGCUCCUCCACUAAAGUCUUCUUUGGUGCCUAUAAGCUCUUCUGUUCAUGCUCAACAAUCUGCUCGGGGACAACGCCAUUAUCAUACACCUGAUGAGCGUGAUGUUGAGUAUGGCAAAGGCGGCAAUGGUGGGUCAAAACUUGAGGUUGGAACAAGGAGUCAGCAGAGUGCAAGAGGUGGAACUGCUGCUUCUCAUAAUGCUGCCAGAGGUGGAGCGGUUUCCUCUCUCAGUGCUCCUAAUGGAACAGCUUUUGAUGGACAUGGGGGUUCUUUAGCUAGAGGACAUGGAACAUCAGAUGCUGGAAGUGUUUUGUCUGCUGAGUCUUACCGUCGUAGGCAUGAAAUAAGUGUUACUGGAGAUAAUGUGCCACCACCUUUUACAUCUUUUGAAGCUACUGGUUUUCCUUCUGAGAUUCUUAGAGAGGUACACAAUGCAGGGUUCUCUGCCCCAACUCCAAUUCAGGCUCAAUCGUGGCCAGUUGCUCUUCAAAGUAGAGAUAUUGUGGCCAUUGCUAAAACAGGUUCGGGGAAAACCUUGGGGUACUUAAUUCCAGGGUUUAUUCAUCUCAAGCGCUGCCAUAAUGACUCUCAAUUGGGUCCAACUGUGUUGGUGUUGUCACCAACACGGGAGUUGGCAACACAGAUUCAAGAUGAAGCUGUGAAGUUUGGAAAAUCAUCAAGACUAUCUUGUGUGUGUUUAUACGGUGGAGCACCAAAGGGUCCACAGUUAAGAGAUAUAGAUCGUGGUGCAGACAUUGUUGUUGCCACUCCUGGUCGUUUGAAUGAUAUUCUUGAAAUGAGGAGAAUCAGCCUCCAUCAGGUUUCAUACCUCGUGCUGGAUGAGGCUGAUCGCAUGCUGGACAUGGGUUUUGAACCUCAGAUAAGAAAGAUUGUAAAGGAGGUGCCAGCUCGCCGCCAAACCUUAAUGUACACAGCAACAUGGCCAAAGGAGGUUCGGAAGAUUGCAGCUGAUCUUCUGGUCAAUCCUGUUCAAGUUAACAUUGGAAAUGUUGAUGAACUUGUUGCAAAUAAAGCUAUCACUCAGCAUGUUGAAGUAUUGGCACCCCUAGAAAAACACAGAAGAUUGGAGAAUAUACUGCGGUCUCAAGAGCCAGGAUCAAAGAUAAUUGUUUUUUGUUCCACCAAGAAGAUGUGUGAUCAACUGGCUCGCAACCUUACUCGCCAGUUUGGAGCGGCUGCCAUUCAUGGAGACAAAUCCCAGGGUGAGAGAGAUUAUGUGUUGAAUCAGUUCCGCACUGGUAGGACUCCAGUGCUUGUUGCCACUGAUGUUGCAGCUCGAGGAUUGGACAUUAAGGACAUCAGGGUGGUUAUCAAUUAUGACUUCCCUACAGGAGUGGAGGAUUAUGUUCAUAGGAUUGGGAGGACUGGAAGGGCAGGUGCCACUGGAGUGGCUUACACAUUCUUUGGUGAUCAGGAUGCAAAAUAUGCAUCAGAUCUCGUCAAAGUUUUGGAAGGGGCAAACCAGCGAGUGCCCCCUGAAAUUCGUGAUAUGGGCUCUCGAGGUGGUGGUGGUGGGAUGGGAAGAUUCAGACGCUGGAGUUCUGGUACUGGUGGCCGCGAUGGGGGCCGUGGUGGACGUAAUGAUUCAAAUUAUGGUGGAAGGGGAGGAUGGGGAUCUUCAUCUUCCUCAUCCAGCAGGCCAGAUAAGGGUGGUGGCCGUGGGUAUGACUCUCGGGACAGGUUCGACCAAGGUUACCACAAUGGGUAUGAUGCAGAUGCUCGUGGGAAGUAUGAUAGGGGUCGUAGUCGAAGCCCUGAGAAAGGUUCAGGUUUGGGUGAUCGUAGUAGAAAUUGGAAUCGUGAACGCAGCCGUAGUCGCAGCCUUGAGAGAUUUGACAGGGGCCCAACAGUUAGUUUCCACAAAGCAAUGAUGGAACGAGGUAGGAUAUCACCACCACCUCAACGCCAGCAUGUGCCACCAGGGAAUCCUACAAAUGACAGAGCUUCAUCACAUAGUGGAGGUGGUGAGAAGGCUAACCAUGGAGGUUCCUAUGAUGGUCAUUCCCAAGAGUGGGGAAGAUCAUCAGGAGAUGGACCUCAUUCUUCUUACUUUGGGGAAGAAGCUGAAGAGGGAAUGAUUCCUCAAGAUGAAGAUGGCUGCAAUUGAGGCUCCACUCUGUUCUCUUCGAGGGGUAAACUUUUUAACGUUGUCUUUUUGUUUGUCUUUGAUAUUUUUCUGUAACCGGAUAUAGGGAGGCUGUUGCAAAGGCAACUAGGGUGUGUCGGGUCGAUGGUGGUGGAAUUAUUGAUUUUUGAGAUGGGGGAUCGAAAGGCUAAAACUGCGUUCCCUCAGAACUUCCUGAGCCCUUCUUUUCUCUUCUUUUGUUAAAUCACUGUGUUUUUUUUUUUUUUUUUUUGGUAGAAAAAGUAGGUAAGAUGUACUUGUUACAGAUAUUUAAAGAUAUUUGCUGUGUAGUUUUAUGAUUUGCAAAUUUAUAGUAAUCUUAACCUUUUAUCUUUGAUCUGA